CUACUUCACACUUGACAGACAAUUGGUGUCUGCGCUAGUUGCAGCACGUCCGAGCCGCGUCGUCCGCCUGGUCGUAUUCGUCACAUUUAUAACACAAAAAUAUAAUACUCAUUGUAUUAACACAGAAAUACACAGUUAUAGUAUCAUUACACGUCGUCAUCAAGUCGCGGUAAAAAAUCAAACGGAACCGGGGCUUAGAAAACGACUGCGCUGCAUUGUAACAGCACUAUUGUUGUCGUAGUUGUUUAAUCUCCCGUGUCCGAUCACAACACUCUCUUCGGCCAACAAACGAGAACAUAGCUGUUAUAAUGCUCAUCAAACUCGCUGCAGCAGUGCUUUGGACCACUGGUCUAGCAUACGGAUCACCAAGUCAUGGAGAAAACGAUCAAUUUGGUUACGAUUCUGGAGAGCUUGAUCCUUUACAUUGGGCAACAGAGUAUAAAACUUGUUCAGGAAAAUAUCAAUCGCCAAUCGACAUUGAGGAAAAUCUUGUGACAAAAGUAAAUCUACCACUUCUACGUUUUCACAAUAUUGACACACUUCCCACAUCAACAAUCAUAACAAAUAAUGGACAUACAGUGGUUCUACAAUUAAAUUUUACUGCACCAGUAAUGAUCAGUGGAGGUCCACUGACUCCUACCUACAAAUUUACUCAAUUGCAUUUCCAUUGGGGUGUUAAUGAUUCAUUGGGUAGUGAAGACCUCAUUAACAACCAUAGCUAUCCAAUGGAAUUGCAUAUGGUAUUUUCAAACACAGAUUAUGAAGAUGACAAAAUCGCCUUAACAAAAAAUGAUGGAUUGGUUGUCUUAGCAAUGUUCUUUGAAAUAACAGAAAAGGACAAUCCUGUGUACUCAGAAAUCGUCAAUACCUUGGGUCAAAUAAAUAUGCCUGAUCAAUCAACACAUUUACCAGUCGGAUUCACUAUUAGAUCCAUGUUACCUGAAUCUACCGAACACUAUUUCACAUACAAAGGUUCCUUAACUACACCACCUUGCUUAGAAGUCGUUCAAUGGAUAGAUUUCAAACAUCCAAUUAAAUUGUCUCAUAACCAGGUUCAAGCUUUUCGUAUGUUGCGUUCAAAACAUGGACAAUUAACACAUAAUUAUAGACCUGUACAAGAAUUGUCAGGGAGACCAGUGUGGUAUAACGUAGGUGGCUUUGCAUCUUUGAAUACUCCAAUUAUUGAGAAAAACUCCGCUUCAACAAUUGGUCUUCUUGUGUCUGAUAUUAUCAUAUUAUUAGGCUGCAAACUCGCUGCACUAAUGCUAUUUUGAUUCCUCUGUUGUAUUUAAAAGCAACUGAAUCAUCGAUGGAGUUUUAUUAAAUUAUCAUGGUCCUUAAAAGGAUAAUUAUACUAUAAAUUAAGCAAUAUGUAUAUAUACAUAUAACAAAAAUUAUAUAACUAUUUAUGUGAUAGAUCUCAACAGUUUAUUCUUAGAUGAUUUUUGUGAUUUACUUCUAUUUAACGGGACAUUUUUUUUUAUAUAUA